CUUAAACAACUCCACGAGGCGCGAAUUUCAAAUCCACUCUCUACUAGAGAAGAUCUACUAGAGAGCUCGGAUACUAUGUCACUUAUUUAAACACGAUGGAAAUAAUAAACUGCUAUGCCUCAGCCGCAAGAUAACGCACGCGCCAUCCUCCUCAUCAUCUUGAUAUUCUGGCUUGCCACAAGUCCCGACUCAGGACCGGGCCUCAUCGCGAGCCCAACCUUAAUAAAGAACCGUCUCGUACGCCAGCGACAUGCGCUCAGCGUCCUAAAUACUACACAAUGGGGUGACUUCAGACCACGUCUUGCCGAUGAUCCCCCGGACGAUCCUCCUCCUGAAGACAAGCCCGAAUCGGACAAAGAAACAGUGCUGGAGACCGAGUCGAAGUACAAGUAUCUAAAUUUAACAGGCUUUCGGGAGGAGGAUAAAUAUGCUUGGGAAGAUCUAAAGCGAUUUAAAGACCGAUGUGAGGAAUAUAGUACAAACGCCGUAGGAAUUCCGGAGGCUGCAGCGCCCGUAUGGCAAAAUGCGACGGGAGUGGUUCGUGGGUGGUGGCAGAGGACGAACACAUCUUCGCCGAGAUAUCAUUCGAGUUAUAAUCUAAGUGAGAUCAGUCCGGGAGUUACAUGGGCUGGGUCGAACUCCGACUGGGGCAGAAAUGCCACCGGUGCAGAGGGAAAGAUCAACGUGCGCCUCGAGGAUAAUCAAGAUGCUGCUACGGAACCUGAGGAAGUAGACAGGAUGGUUCUGGAGAAAGCAGUGAUCAAGGCCCGAGAGGUAUCUGGGACGGUCACUAUCGAUGAUACCGAGGGCUCCGGGAGCAGCUGGGAAAUGCGGCUCCAUGGUGUUCAUUGGCCUCGUCAGGGAUCAAUGCUUCUCACAACGACUAGCGAGAAGUUCGCCGGUAUCUUCGGAUUGCCUCAUCUGACUACUCGGCCAGAUUUUUUCGAAUCUAGUAAAUCACUAUUAAAUAGGACCUUAGAGAAGGCACUAGCAAGAAAGGAACAGCACACCUUUACUGACCAAAUCGACCCCUGGACAUCCACUUUAGAUUCUCCAGGUGAAGCUUGGAACCCAACUCCUCACUGCGAAUAUUUAUUGUACAUUCAAAUCCAUCCAUUGGAGCAAGAUAUUCUAGGAGUACAGCCUAGUCUUACGGGCCCUGAAAAUGUCGCCAAGGCUAUCCAAGAUAUUGAGGACGAGCUUCGUUUCCCUCAAGGUACAGGUCACCGAAGAAUACCGAGGCUUCAAAUGUCGGCUGUCGUAUUCUCUCCUGACUGUGGCUUCUUCCUCGAAACAAAAGGCCCUCCAGCAUUCGCGCCAGUCGACGGAAAGCACAUGGUCGGCGUGAAGCAAGAAAUCUUCCUUCACAACGUCAGCACGUUCCUUCUAGGUCUUGCAUUAGUCGUAUUUGGACAACUUCAGUUACUUAAGCUACAAAUGAGAGAAACCUCCACGCCUUCGACGCUAGGUCGAGUGAGUUUCUACACUAGUUGUAUGAUGUUGCUUGCCGAUGGUAUGCUCUUCACCGGAGCAGCUGCCUGGAGCUUCUCAGCGUCGACGACAUUGCUACCCUCACUUGCUGUUACAUGCGUAUCAUUCCUAUCCAUGGCCGUUGGGACAUUUUUCCUAGCCGAGAUUCACAAGGUACAAGAACCUGAAUGGCGACGACAAGAACGGGAAAGAGAAAGACAGAACACCUCCGCAAAUCCGACGCCUCCGCGUCAGACCCCUGUAUCUAAUACUCCCCGUCCGUCACCUUCUCCCCCUAUCAUAAUACCAUCAGACCAAGAUAUAGACGCCGAAAUUGCCGAAUCAGAAACCAAUAACAAUAAUGCUACUCUUCCCGCUCCAGCAACUGCAAAUACUCCCCCGAGCGCCCAGACUAUUAGAACACAAUUAAGCAACAUAUUCGGUCGUCUGCUCUUCAUCGGCAUCAGCGUACUCUUCCUCAGCCUCGCAGCCGCAAGCUGGCGUCCCACCUUUCGAUCAGCGUACUUCAACACCCUUCUCUUCGCAUACCUAUCGCUCUGGUUCCCGCAGAUCUACCGCAACAUCUACCGCAACUGCCGGCGCGCGCUCUCGUGGCGCUUCGUCGUCGGCCAGUCCGUCCUCCGCCUGCUUCCCAUCGCGUAUUUCUACGUGCUGCCGAACAACUUCGCGUUCGCGGAGCCGGACCUCACCGCCUUUGCCGUGCUGGCCGGCUGGCUGUGGCUCCAGAUAUGGAUAUUGGCCGCGCAGAGCAUCCUAGGACCCAGGUUCGGCGUGCCCAAGGGCUGGAUGCCGGAGGCGUGGGAGUACCACCCCGUGCUGCGCGAGGAUAACCUGGAGGCGGGCGGCUUGCCGAUCGGUCUCGUUUCGGCGCCGAGCAGUCCGACGUCGCCGGAGCGUUCGCGCUCUGGCUCCAACGCGGGCGAGGAUAGGGAUAAGAAGAGGACGAACACGCACCUCAUCGACUGCGCUAUCUGCAGAGAAGUUCUAGAAGUCCCUGUUAUCAAGGCGGGAUACGAUGACCCGACGGCCGGGGGCGUGGCCGGCGUGUUCGCCAGGAGGAUGUAUAUGGUUACGCCGUGUAGACAUAUUUUCCACAGCGCGUGUCUGGAGGGCUGGAUGCGGUUUCGCUUGCAGUGUCCGAUUUGUAGGGAGGAGUUGCCGCCGUUGUAGAUACGUAACUUACCUAGGUAAUUGUAGAGGUGUAGGAAAGUAGCUACCUAAGUAAGGAGAGGAGUAUUAGGGGGUUAGGGGUUAAGGGGUGUAGAUUUAGGGGUAGGUUUGAUUUGUGCAUAUGGAUAUAGAUAUGGAU